UGCUGUCGGAUCCAUCUUGCUCGAAAAAGAAGCGAGGGUGAAGGCUUUUUUUCUCCUCUCUUUUCAAGUUGAGCGUCUAAAACACUGUAUCGUCCCCCCGUUAACCGCGCCGGGGAGCCCGAGGAGGGGCUGUGCCUCUGCUUGUAGGAUGUCCCGACACGAGGGUGUGAGCUGCGAUGCGUGUUUGAAAGGGAACUUCAGAGGAAGACGGUUCAAGUGUUUAAUUUGCUACGACUACGACCUGUGCGCGUCGUGCUACGAGAGCGGAGCCACCACGACGAGGCACACCACAGAGCACCCCAUGCAGUGUAUAUUAACCCGGGUCGACUACGACUUGUAUUAUGGAGGAGACACUUUUUCAGUAGAGCAACCCCAGUCAUUCACAUGUCCUUACUGUGGCAAGAUGGGCUACACGGAGACGUCCCUCCAGGAGCACAUCACCUCGGAACACGCAGAGACUUCCACAGAAGUGAUCUGUCCGAUAUGUGCCGCCUUGCCAGGAGGGGAUCCCAACCAUGUCACAGAUGACUUUACAGCUCACCUCACACUUGAACACAGAGCGCCAAGAGAUUUAGACGAGUCCAGCAGUGUCCGGCAUGUACGCAGGAUGUUCCACCCUGGACGAGGACUGGGCGGCCCCAGAGCGCGACGGACAAAUAUGCACUUUACUAGCGGCUCCACGGGGGGACUCUCCUCCUCCUCAUCACAGAGCUCCACCUACACCCCCAGUAACAGAGAGGCCAUGGACCCAAUUGCAGAGUUGUUGUCUCAGCUGUCAGGCGUGCGGCGUGCGGCAGGCGGGCAAAUCAACUCCUCGGGGCCCUCGGCCUCGCAGCUCCAGCAGCUCCAGAUGCAGCUGCAGCUGGAGCGGCAGCAGGCGCAGACGGCGCGGCAGCAGGUGGAGACGGGCCGCCACGCGACACGCCGCGGCAACAACCAGGGCAGCUCUGGCAACGCCAUCCCUCCGCCCAACACGGCAACCGCCAACUCUGCCGGCGCGGGUGAAAACAAUCCCUCGUCCUCAUCCCACAGCUCCCAGUUCUUAUUAGCACGGUUGAACGACCCCAAGAUGUCCGAAGCGGAGCGGCAGUUUCUCGAAGGGGAGCGCGCCGACCGCAGCCUGUUUGUCCAGGAGCUGCUUUUGUCCACGCUGAUGCACGAGGAGAGCUCCUCGUCGGACGAGGAGGAGCGGCGAGACUUCGGCGACUUCGGGGCCAUGGGCUGCGUGGAUAUCAUGCCUUUAGACGUGGCGCUGGAGAACCUCCAGCUCAGGGAGCGCAGCUUUAUGGGGAAGGAGCCUCCUCCACCGCCUCUUUGAUGUCCGAGCAUCAGGCAGACUGUGUCCUCUCUGCUGCAGCUGUCAGUGAUGGGCAGACAACAGCAGUACCCCCCGCCCCUCCCCCCUCCUCCCUCCUCCCUCUGUUUUCUGAGUUUGUUUCUGGUGAUUGUAAUUUCAGGCCCGUCACCAUUUUUGUUACAUUGUAAACAAAAAAUAAAUGAGAGCAAGUGGGAUAAAUGUGCGAGUGCGCAAAAGCAACUGAGUGAGCGAGAGAAGAGAAAUCUAUAAAUAUAUAUAUAUAUAAAAAAUAUAUAUGAAGUUGAUAAUCAAUCCACAUAACAUUUCUUUUCCUUAUCAGGUGCGUGUUACAGGCGGCCGUUGCUUCCUGUGACAUGCAAACGGCUCUCCCUAUAAAUACUCCACGUUCAAAAGUCACGAGGGCGUAGGCUCCUCCGAUGAAGCUGCUGUGUGUGUUUAUGACUAUUAAUGAAUAAAAAGUGCUUGGAUGGGUUACCAUAACUACUGCAUGCAGUUAUUUGCAGCGUGCAUGACUUAAUGACCCUGUCAUUAAAACUUUGAAAGAAAUAUUUAUCCCGACGCUUUCAACUGUUUUUAAAUGGCUAUUUCAAAACGUGGUUUUUAGUAAUUUACGAAAACUUGACGUGUAGAAAUUGUCCCCCGAAGCAACACGUUUGGUCCGGUUUUGGUUCUAAUGGAGAGAAAUGGAUUGUAUUCGGCUCUUUCUCAUUCGGUCUGAAUAUGUCUGCAGAGGAGCUCGCCGAGAUGUUUAUGUUUAGUAAAAAGCUGAUUAGGCACAGUAUACUUUAUCAUUUUUAGGUAAAAGUAUGUCCACGGCUGCUGACGGUCGUACCGCGUGCUUCGGAUGCUUGGAGACUUUCCUUUGCUGGGAGACAUUUGUUCCUUUUCACGAGAUUUAUAUUUAUUUGUUUUUUUCUCCAUUAUUUUCAGCCUUCAUCCGAGUCACGCCGAUACGUUCACCCGCUGUCAAAUACAAUGAGAUGUGUAUAUUGAAUUUGUGCGUUUAACUUUCAUAAUGGAGCCAAGACAUGGGCAGACGUUUUUUCUUCUUUUUUUAAAAUGUAAAUUUAGAACACAAUAAAUAUAAACUGCGCUCAGCUUUCGAUGAAACCAA